AAGAACUGGAAUUUUCCGAAGUUGCAUAUGGGCUCACACAUUUUUGACGAUGUCGAGGCAAAAGGAGCAACACAAAACUACAAUACCAAGCUGAACGAGAAGAUGCAUGGCUCAUUAAAGGACUCGUAUUUGCUGUGCAUGAACUUUUGUGAUGUAGCAGAACAGGUG